AUGCGGGCACCAAAUCGGGCUAUCAAUCGCGAAUACUUUCGUCUACCGACUCUUGAGGAAAUGAAAAUCAAGCUGUACGGCGCCAAGUAUUUUACGAAGCUGGAUCUGAAAAAUGCCUACUAUCACCUAGAGCUGAACCGCGAAUCGCGUGAUCUGACGACUUUUCUGGCAGAAAGUGGCAUGUUCCGUUUCACACGGCUGAUGUUCGGUGUGAAUUGUGCGCCGGAGAUAUUCCAAAGGGAAAUGACACGUGUCCUAGAAAGCAUUGAAAACAAAAUUGUCUAUAUCGACGACAUUUUGAUUUUUGCUGAUGAGUUAGGAAAGCUUCAUAAAACAGUCGCAGAUGUGUUAAGAAUUCUUGAAAAUCAUAAUUUAACUCUAAACACAUCAAAAUGUGAAUUCGAUAAAAAAAGGAUAGUAUUUUUGGGGCACGAGUUAGAUCAAGAUGGGUUCCACAUUGAAAAAUCUAAGGUAGAAGCUAUUCAAAAAUUUCGGCGCCCAACGUCAGUCUCAGAAUUGAGGAGCUUUCUAGGUCUAGCAUCGUUCGUUAGCCCGUACAUACGAAAUUUCGCUAAAAUUACGAGCUCCUUGUGGACAGUUGCGGGUUCCAAAGCAUGGAUUUGGGGAGAGCAACAAGAGAAAGCAUUUCACAAAGUGAAGGAGCAAAUAAUUCUUUGUACGCUAUCUCUAGGCUAUUUUUCAGAGCGCGAAAGUACCAUUCUCUACACUGACGCUUCUCCUAAUGCAUUAGGAGCCGUGUUAGUUCAGGAGGGUGCAAAUAAAACGCGCCGCAUUAUUAGUUUUGCGUCUAAAGCCUUGACACCCACCGAACGCAGAUAUGCCCAAAAUCAGAGAGAAGCUCUAAGUGCAGUAUGGGCUGUUGAGCAUUUUUCUUACUUCCUAUUAGGGAGACACUUUACUUUGCGCACCGAUGCUAGAGGUAUAACUUUCAUUUUUGAUCGUGCACGCGAAAAUACGAAAAGAGCGCUGACUAGAGCAGACGGUUGGGCUUUGCGUCUCAGCCCAUAUAGUUAUACUGUGGAAUAUGUGAAAGGCCGAGACAACAUAGCUGACCCGUCGUCAAGACUGUAUGAAGGAAAUGAUGUUCCAUUCGACGAAGACGCAAGCCCAUGGGAGAUCGCUAAUCUAGAAGCCAACGUCGUUAGCUUUCUAACCGAGGAUGAAAUCAGAGAAGUUACCGCUGAAGACGAAAUACUUAAACAGGUGAUUCAGGCGCUUGGCUCGGGGUGCUGGACUAAACCGUUAAACCGAUAUCGGGCGGUAUCAAGCGAUCUUUCUGUAAAAAAUGGUUUGAUUACGAAACUGGGAUGUAUCGUGAUACCAGAAAAACUUCGUCAGAAGACACUUGAAGUUGCUCACGCUGGACAUCCCCUGGCAGCAAAACUCAAGAGCAUUCUUCGAGAGCGCGUAUGGUGGCCGGAGAUGAGUAAGAAUGCCGAAGAAUGGGUUAAUUCUUGUAAAACAUGCGCAGUGAAUGGUAGGCCUGAAAAACCAACUCCGAUGCAACGCAUAUUUGCUCCGAAAACCGUCUGGGAAACGAUAGCUCUGGACUUUAACGGUCCAUAUGCAAGAUACGGCGGAAUUUUAAUUCUAGUUGCGAUUGACUAUAGAUCCAGGUACGCUUUCGCUAGAGCUGUGAAAUCUACGAGUUUCGAAAACACAAAAAAGGUUCUCGAUGAGAUAUUUAGGAUGGAAGGUUUUCCAAAAGCUAUAAAGACCGACAAUGGUCCUCCCUUCAACAGUGAGGAGUAUAAGAAGUAUUGUAGCGAACGGGGAAUCCAAUCCAUAUUCUCUACGCCGUUUUUCCCACAGCAGAAUGGCUUGGUGGAAAAUUUCAUGAAGAUCAUCAACAAAGCAAUGUCAGCAGCAGUGUCGAAUAAAACUGACUAUAAUGAGGAACUGCAGUCUGCUGUGCAGGCGCACAAUGCGGCAGCUCAUUCAGUCACUAAGAUGGCCCCAGAAGAGGUUUUGUGCGGGCGGAAAAUUCAAAGGGGACUUCCUUUGUUUAUCCGAGGCAGAUCUAAUGUAGACGAUCAGCUGUUGGAUUCGAGAGAUUCGAGGGCAAAAAUUCAAUCGAAGGCUCAUCAAGAUCGUAAACGUAGCGCAAAACCUUGCAGAGUUGGCCCUGGUGACACUGUUAUAGUGGAACGGUAUUCUAAAACAAAGGGAGAAGCAAGGUUCGACGCGAAACGCUACACUGUAGUUCAGGAGAACAACGGCAAUUUAGUCCUAAACGACGAUGGUGGUAACCUACUGAAGCGACAUGUUUCUCAGGUCAAGAAAGUGCACUUUUGGCGGCCUACGCCUUUGAUUUCGAGUUCCGCUAAAUCGGCAACUUCAACGUUUGCGGCAGUUGAUAACUCUAACCCAGCUGCUAUUUCAACUCGCCUUCCAAGGGAUAGAAAGGCUCCGUCAUAUUUGGUUGAUUAUAAGGUUUGA